AUGGGCAAGGUCAAGCUCGGCGUGAGCCAGGUGUCGGGCGAGAAGGUCGCGAUCAAGAUCAUCCCUCGGUUCACCUCGACGGCCGCUGCACAUCGCCAAGUCGACCAAGCUCGGCACGACCAGCAGGUCGCCGACCAGAGCAAGGAGGUCCGCACCGUGCGAGAGGGCAGCCUGUGUCUGCUCCUGCACCACCCGUACAUCUGCGGCAUGCGCGAGAUGAUGAUCUACCCUCACCACUACUACUUCGUCCAGGAGUACGUGAAUGGCGGCCAGAUGCUCGACUACAUCAUCUCGCACGGCCGACUGCGCGAGCGCAGUGCGCGCAAGUUUGCCCGCCAGAUCGGCAGCGCGCUCGAGUACUGCCACGCCAACUCGAUCGUCCACCGAGACCUCAAGAUCGAGAACAUCCUCAUCUCGAAGACGGGCAACAUCAAGAUCAUCGACUUUGGCCUGUCGAACCUGUACUCGCCCGUGUCGCACUUGUCGACGUUCUGCGGCUCGCUGUACUUUGCCGCACCCGAGCUCCUCAACGCCAAGCCGUACACCGGGCCCGAGGUCGACGUGUGGUCGUUCGGCAUCGUCCUGUACGUCCUCGUGUGCGGCAAAGUGCCGUUCGACGACCAGAGCAUGCCGGCCCUGCACGCCAAGAUCAAGCGCGGCCAGGUCGAGUACCCGACGUGGCUCAGUGCCGGUGCGUCGUCCCCUUUCCUCCUCGUCGUCCUCGCCAUCGUCACGACGGCUCGAGCGGUCCCUCACUGA